UGCUGACGUGGGAUCUGUUGACUUCGCAGGUCAGAAUGGCAUCGGAUGAGGGAAAGCUCUUUGUCGGUGGACUGAGCUUUGACACCAAUGAGCAGUCAUUGGAACAAGUCUUCUCUAAAUACGGGCAGAUCUCUGAAGUUGUUGUGGUCAAAGACAGAGAGACUCAGAGAUCCAGAGGUUUUGGCUUUGUUACUUUUGAAAACAUAGAUGAUGCAAAAGAUGCGAUGAUGGCCAUGAAUGGAAAGUCUGUAGAUGGACGUCAGAUCAGAGUUGAUCAAGCUGGAAAAUCAUCAGAGAACAGAUCUCGUGGCUACAGAGGGGGGUCUUCUGGGGGCAGAGGCUUUUUCCGUGGCGGCAGAGGUCGGGGCCGUGGCUUCUCUAGAGGGGGUGGAGACAGAGGCUAUGGCGGCAGCAGAUUUGAUUCCAGAAGUGGAGGGUAUAACGGCUCCAGAGACUACUAUAAUAGCAGCAGGAGUCAAGGGGGCUAUGGCGACAGGAAUUCAGGAGGAUCCUACAGAGACAGCUAUGACAGUUACGGUAAGUCGUGGUUCAAAUGGGAGCGCUCAGUACGUGUGCCGUAGGGACUCUAAACCUGCUGACCCUGUCCUCGAGUCUGGAAGUCCUGUAAGGCCCAGCUGGGCUGUGCUGCUAUUGCCGUUCUUGCCCGUAAGAACCAACCUGCCAGGCUUCGGACGUGGUUGUGCCGUUAAAAGUUUCUAAUUUGUAAUGCAUGUGUAGGAGUUGCUUGGAUCUAAGGCAGAGCAAGUGUUUAAAAUACGUUCCUCGAGCUUGAGACUAAGACCAAACUCGGAUGCCCUAACAAACUUAAUCAAGGGUGGGGGAGUUCUCUUACGGUGUAGCAAACUAGCACUAGCUUCUGAAAUAAUGCAAGGGAGUAAAAUGCUGGAACUUGUCUAUGCUUCAGUGCCUUUACAAUUGUGCCUGCUUCUUGUCCUCAGCUACACACAACGAGUAAAAAUCCUUCCUGACUCAAGAUCGUCCUUCCAAUGGCUGUAUUUAUAAAGAUUUUUGGAGCUUCGCUGAAAUCGUUAUUGUGUAGUACAUCUACUUGUAUUUUCACUUUUGUAGUAUUAUCAGUUCUAAUCUUGUCAAACACAGCCUGACAGCUUCUGAUACAAGAUGGUCUAAUUAGACUUUUCUUUAAGAAAGCUCUGCUUUCAAGUGUUUUUAAUCUUUUUUGAAAGCACUUCAGAUUUUAUUUUAUCCUUCAUGAUGAGCCAAGGUGUUUUUUUUUAAAGUUGUGAAGUUGGGGCCCCAAUUCAGUUUCUUUUGAGAUAGAAAGGACCUUUAAUUCAAUGUUCACUGGAAGCUGAACAAGCUGUGGACUUUUUUUUUAAGUGCAUUACCUUCGUCUUUUGUAACAUUCCUUUAGUGUAGCAAGGUAGGAAUGCAGCCUGGGUACAAAUUGGAAGGCAAACCACCUUGAUAUAUCUAAAGAGAAACUUGCUUGUAUGUUCAACCCGCAUAACGGUAUUUUUACUGUUGUAAUGAUGUAAAUUACCCAGAAAUAGACUUGCAAACUUACCAUAAAAGAGGUUCUUGAAAAUGUUUAUUUAUAUUGUCCUUUUUUACUGGAAGAAAUAUGCAUAUUCCAUUGAUAUUGUAUUUGAAGUGGUAAAGGAUUCUUGUAUACAGUUUUCUUUGGCUUUACGAAGCCUAUUAAAAGACCGUCUGAAAUGAA